CAACACUCGGAAUAAGAGUCAUAGCAGCGGGAAAGACACCAUCCGGGCCUCAACACUCGUAAUAAGAGUCAUAGGAGCGGGAUAGAUACCAUCCGGGCCUCAACACUCGGAAUAAGAGUCAUAGGAGCGGGAAAGACACCAUCCGGGCCUCAACACUCGGAAUAAGAGUCAUAGGAGCGGGAAAAACACCAUCCGGGCCUCAACACUCGGAAUAAGAGUCAUGGGAGCGGGAAAGAUACCAUCCGGGACUCAACACUCGGAAUAAGAGUCAUAGGAGCAGGAAAGACACCAUCCGGGCCUCAACACUCGGAAUAAGAGUCAUAGGAGCGGGAAAAACACCAUCCGGGCCUCAACACUCGGAAUAAGAGUCAUAGGAGCGGGAAAAACACCAUCCGGGCCUCAACAUUCGGAAUAAGAGUCAUAGGAGCGGGAAAGACACCAUCCGGUCCUCAACACUGAAGCUCUUCAUUGCGUUCAUUCUGGAGAUCAGAUCUUUUAGAACUGUUUUAGAUGAAACAAACUCCCGAUGGUUUUCAGUUACAUAAAAGCCAAUGUUUUCUUUACCAAAUCUGGCCCUUAUUAAAGAAAAAGGCUACUGCAAUAGCUGAUCAAGAACAACAAAUUCAAAAAGAAAAAAAAUUAGUCCCUAGAAAGAAUAAAAUAUUGUUUAUAAUUGAUAAAUUCAAAUGCAAGUGUGUGCCAAUUUCCAGUUGCAGUUACAGGAAUAUAGGGUCUUCGAAGUGACGUCAUCGUAAUGACCUAUACGGACACCCUUUAAAAAUUUUUUUUGUCAAAAACAUGGCCACAAAAAAUUUCUGGUGAAAUCUUGAUUAUGUAUGCAUGGAUCAAUCUCUAAGCGGUUGAAAUGCGUCAAAGUCUGUUUAAGAGUAAAGCUGGGGUCCAAAUAUUUAACAUUUACACCAUCCAAUUACUCCCACCCCCGCCACCCGACUCCGCUCCGCCACAGUGAGAGAAUGCUUCCCGAUAAAGGAGUGAGAGAAUGUUAACCUUAUUAUAGCAAUUUCUAUACUCUGCUUGCGUUUAAUAACCGUUUAUUGUCGGUGAUCUUGUGUCAGAUAUUUCAUGAUACAUUUGACUGAAAUCUGUAUUCUUCAGUGUGCUGUUGUUUUGCUCUUGAGAAGGCUAAUGAAGUCGUUUGAGGCAAAAAAAGGAAAAAUUGAAUUGUUCUCCACCUUUGCCUUUUCAGCUGCAAGACUCAGUAUUUGAAUGUAGUUAAAAUGAAAUUACGAUAUUUAUCCAUAAACACUAGCUUCAGUUUAGGAUUCGAGGUACAAAACAAUAAACAGUGUUUACGUGCUAUUGCCGUAGACGUCAUCAAAGAGGUUCGGCUACAAAUGAGGGUAACGCAACAUUCUGGGAAAUCGUAUUCAGGGAACGACAAGCAAAUAUACUUUGUUCGGCUGUGUUCGAAAAAGGUUUGCUUUCCUGUUCAUUGGUGAAGUUAUUCCAAAGAAAAGUGCUAUGGAUAUGAAAGGAAAGCCGACCAACAUCUAUCUUUUUAACUGCGAUAAUACUUGUAGUUUAGAUCCGAUAGAAUCCUUACUACUAACUGUGCAAAACGAUGCGAAGAUGCGGUUUGCAGUGGACAAGCGCAAUUUUCGGCUGCGUGAAAUGUCAGAGAUGUGCGAGACACUUAUUCCCGGACUACAAAUGGAUUUUGCUAUUUUUGCUGUCAAUGCCCAUGAAUCACGGCUCUCAAUCAACGAAGACAACGCUGGAAUUGGUUAUGCAAAUAUCUACAGAGCGUUACAAGAAGCGACUGGAGGUAAGGUUUUGAUAGUCAUCGGUGAAGACAACAACUACAAAGAUUCAGACGAGAAAGACAGAUCUGUGAUCUCGCGUUGGUCACGGGGAAAAGUGGCUUCGCAAUUCGGGGAGGAAUAUCUAGACGGAAGACAGAGCUUCAUCUUUUCCUGGAACAAGAAACACAGGGAAAUCCAUGAGCAAGCAUUGCUGCAUUACUUUGAUCCAAGCAAAACAGGAAAGAAGUUUGAAUACCAACCGAAACCAAAGCCACAACCAGAGCAACGACUAGAGCUAACAUCAGAGCCACUAUCAAGGAUGGAGAUAUCGCUUGGAGAUAGCAGAGAAAUGCUUCUGCCGAAAGACAUUGCAAAGCAAGAAAAACCCUUUAUUGAGCAGACGGAGGUUGCAGUCGAGAGACGUCAACAGGAAAAAAAAGAAGAGAAGGGGUCAACAGUGAAGAACGAGACAGCCAUGGGUCAGGAUUACCCGGCAGGCACUGUGCUCCUGGAGACGCGUUUGGUUAACGGCGAGAUUUCAUACCAAAAGCGGCACAUUGUAAAACGACAAGAUGAUUGGCAGCCUUCUGAAACUCAAGUAUCAAAUCUAAGAGACUCGUACCGGCUAAUUGGAAAUGUUUCGGUGCGGUUUGAGGCUACAGGCAAUAAUGGUGGGAUUCAUUAUAGGGUAUUUAAUACAACUUGGUGGCGCAAAUGCCUUGAUUGCUUCAAGGAUUGUUUCCCUUGCUUAUGCCCACCUUUCUCUUGCAAAUGCCCACUAAGCUCUUGCAUUUGCAAACAUAUUGAUAUUGCAGCUAUGAGCCAGGAUUACCCGACAGGCACUGUGCUCCUGGAGACGCGUUUGGUUUAUGGCGAGAUUUCAUACAAAAAGUGGCACAUUGUAAAACGACUAGUUGAAUGGCAGCCUUCUGAAGAUCAAAUAUCGAAUCUGAGAGACUCGCACCGGUUAAUUGGAAAUUUUUCGGUGCGGUUUGUGGCUGCAGACAAUAAUGGUGGGAUUAUGUAUAAAGUAUUUAAUACACCUCGGUGGCGCAAAUGCCUUGAUUGCUUUAAGAUGUGUUUCCCAUGCUUAUGCCUACCUUGCCCUUGCAAAUGCUAAUGUGGCUUUUGUAAGCGCUUACGUUGCUUGAGAAGUUUCUGUUGUUGCUGUUAUUGCGAUGAAGAUUACUGAAGGAGUUUCAAGCCUUCCCUAUAUCACAAAAUAAAGAAAUUAGCCACAGUUUGCCUGAGAUAUUUAACUUUCCAAAACAUUUGAGCUCCUCUUCCCCUUUCUCUCCUCCUCCCCCCCCCCAAAAAAAAGAAUUAAUUUUCGCUAAAAGGUAUUUGAUAUCAUCAAUAAAUGUGAUUUCAAUAGCCGUAAUGCUACCUAGCUCGGGCCUCGAUGAUUAAAUAAAUUGGGGUUUAUUUGUAAAUACUUCUCAUCACGUUAACCCAUGAAAACUGUGAAAAGCUCCGGCAGAAUGGGCUAUUAGGCCUGCAAGCUGCAAGGACAAUGUCCUUUGAUAUUUCAAUGCUGUACCUUUUUUACGUUAUAAACACAUUUUACGUGAACUUGCGAAAGUAAUUGGUUGUUUAGUUUUUAUAGUACAAAAACAAUUCUUUCAGAAUUAGAAAAUAUGUUUUUUUGUUGUGAAGUUAAAGUGAUCAUGAGCAAUUACUUUCUUUACGAGUAGGAUACGGAAGUUCCACUGUAACUCUAUAUAUCUAGUAAAUAUAACUGCACUGGAUUUUAGAUUGGGUUAAAAAGUCAUAUUGCCUGUAGUUUAAUUUAAGAAGUUACUGAAUGACUGUUUCCAACAUUAAAUAUUCUAUCGGUUAUUUAAA